CAUACACUUGCGCGCGCUUCACGUGCUUCUCAGUACCUUGACAACCUUUUAAGGGCACGAGACAAAAAUACGACUGAAAUGUAAAAAAGUUGUGAUCAGCGGCACCAUGAAGAAAAUCUUUACAGCAGAGCAAAUUUCGGAUUGGUUCACCUCGGGGGCGAAGUUCGCCAAUAUUAAACUCACUGAAGAAGUCGAGAAGAAGUUUGGUGAAGAAACCAGCCCUUCUGAGGUUCCUAAUGAAGGCAGCCUAAAAGAUGUGAAGUCUGAUGAAGAGCGGAUCCAAAAAGGAGAUACCUCAAAGAGUACUGCUCCUCCUCCUCUAGCGAGCUACAAGUACCCCAGCCUGCCUAUAACCAAAAACAGACAGGAGCUGGUUUCUCUUGUAGAAAACAACUCUGUAGUGAUCAUUCGAGGAGCCACGGGCAGUGGAAAGACCACCCAGCUGCCACAGUACAUUCUGGACCAUUACAGUGAGAAGAACGCCUUAUGCAACAUCGUGGUCACCCAGCCGCGUAAAAUUGGGGCGACUAGCAUUGCACGAUGGGUUGCCGCACAGCGAAAGUGUACCCUGGGUAGUGUGGUGGGAUAUCAGGUCGGAUUGGAGAAGAUGGCUACUGAGCACACCCGGCUGAUCUACAUGACUACAGGAGUACUUCUGCAAAAACUGGUUUCAGCCAAGUGCCUCAUUGAGUACUCCCACAUAUUUGUGGAUGAGGUUCAUGAGCGCACAGAGGAAAUGGACUUUCUCCUGUUGGUUUUGAGAAAACUUCUUCAUUCCAACUCUCGCUAUGUCAAGAUCAUCCUCAUGUCAGCCACCAUUAACUGCAGACAGUUUGCUGAGUACUUUGGUACCCCUAUUCGGGGCAAGAUGAACCCCGCCUACGUGUUUGAAGUGGAGGGAACACCUUAUGCAAUUGAGGAGUUUUAUCUUGAUGACCUCAAAAAUAUGUUUCCAAACAGGGCUGAAUCACCUCACACAGAAGACCCUCACAUUUCAGUGGAGAUGUACAAUCUUGCCAUCAGCCUGAUCCAGAGUUUUGAUGAGAUGGAGGGCAAAGAUUCCAACAAAGCCGAGAAAGGAGUUGGCAUUUCUUCAGAGCGGGGCAGUGUGCUUGUGUUCCUUCCUGGUUUACAUGAAAUAAGCUACAUGCAGGAGGCCUUGGUCAAGCUGGUCCACAAAAGGUUACAGGUUUAUCCUCUCCACUCCACUGUGACUCUAGAGGAGCAGAACGGUGUGUUUCUGUUCCCUGUCCCCGGAUACAGGAAGGUCAUCCUGUCCACCAACAUCGCUGAGAGUUCGGUGACUGUUCCAGAUGUCAAAUAUGUUAUUGACUUCUGUCUGGCCCGUCAAAUGGUCUGUGAAAAAGACACCAAUUAUCAGUCUCUGCGUCUCACAUGGGCAUCCAAAACUAACUGCAAUCAGCGUAAAGGCAGAGCUGGUCGCAUGUCUGAGGGCUUCUGUUACCGUCUUGUCACCAAAGAGUUUUGGAGAAAUGAAAUCCCAGAGUACAUGAUCCCUGAGAUGCUGCUUGCCCCUUUGGGCACCAUUAUGUUGAAGGUGAAGUUGCUCGACAUGGGAGAUCCCCGCUCCCUCCUUUCCACAGCCCUCUCUCCCCCCAAUCUUGGUGACAUAGUGAGGACAGUGCUCCAACUCAAAGAGAUGGGUGCACUAGCUGCGAAAAGUGAUGGCAGGGGUCAAAAUGAGGAUGGCGAGCUGACGUUCCUGGGCAAUGUGCUGGCCCACCUGCCUGUGAUGUAUCUAGGAAAGCUGAUUGUCCUGGGCCACGUGUUUGGAUGUCUGGAAGAGUGCCUUAUCAUCGCUGCCUCGCACUCUCUGAAGAGUUUCUUUGCUAUUCCAUCCAUGCAGCAGCUUGCCGGCCACAGGAGCAAGUUGGCCUUUACCCAUGGCAUACCAAGUGAUUCCAUAUCUUUUGUCAAUGCCUUCAAGGCGUGGUACUCUGCCAAAAAGAAAGGACAGCUGAGACACCCCAAGGAUGAGUUGGACUGGGGAAAGGAGAACUUCAUUCAGAUCAAGAGGAUCAGGGAGGUUGCAGAGCUGUACGAGGACCUGAAAAAGAGAGUGUCCCAGUUCAACAUGCCUGUGCAGGAGAACCCACAACCCUUGGAUUACACCAAUGCACACAGACAGAAGUUCAUUCUUCAGGUGGUCAUUGCUGGAGCCUACUACCCCAACUACUUUGUCCAGGGGGAAAUAGACGAAGACCUGGCCUCCAGAGAGAUGAGUGGCUUCAACCCGAGAACAACAGUGAUGAUGAGGAACCUCCCUCCGUACAGUUUCCUGUAUUACAAGCAGCUGCAGUCUCUGUUCCGCCUGUGUGGACAGGUCAAAACCAUUUCCUUUGAGAGCUCCAGAGCAUAUGUGGAGUUCUACAGCACAUCUCAAGACUCAGGGGUGUUGCCUGAGGUGUCCCUUGCUCUCCUCAUGGGGCAGCAGAAUCCUUUCAUGGAGCUCACCGUACACCCCAUUGAUGAAAUAGAAACGCAUGCUGGGAACAGAAAUGUAACACACAUGAAAUAUUCACGGGUGAAUGUUGACCUCCAGAGCCAGACUGUCUGCCCAGUGGGAGUGCUGAGCAGCAGCAUUGACCCAGACAAGUUGCCCCCCCACCGCUUGUUCGUAGUUAACAUCACAGAGGUGUUGGAGGUUGGACAUUUCUGGGGCUUCCAGGCAGAUGAAGCCAGCUUGGAAAAGCAGCGCAAACUGACAGCAGAGAUAAACAUGCGUACGUUGCAACCUGUAACAGUGUCCCUCUACCCCAACCUACUGUGUCUGGCUCCUUACUCGGAGGUCAAUGAGCAGGGCUUGUACUACCGUGCCAAGAUCCUGCACAUUCGUGGCAAUUCAGUUGAGGUGUUCUUCUUGGAGUUUGGCAAUACAGCAGUUGUUGCCAUCAGCAACCUCAGGGAAAUCCCUCCUGAACUCCUGACUCACCCAUUUCAGGCUCAGGAGUUCCAAGUCAUUGAAAUGCGUCCUUCAGCCCAGUCCAUCAUCCUGGGGAACAGGUGGAGCAGCCGAGCCCGCAACCGUUUUAUCACACUGGUGAAGGGCCGCUCACUCAUUGUGUCGCUCUACUCCAUCCUCCAUGGUGUCAUGCGUGUGGAGCUGCUCAUCAACACAGAAAUGACAAACGCCAGCGUGUUGGACAUCUUAGUGGAAGAAGGACAUGCUGUGAAGGUCGAAGAAAGCUUUGACUCCAAGACGAACCAUGAGGCACUGAUAUGCCUUUACAGAGACAUGGAAGCAGGUACUUACGUCCCCAACUCUACCAGCAGCUCCUGGAAAGAUCGCAAGAUAGAGGAGAAGGAACUCAUUGACAGUCUGCUCGACCACUUUUCCAAGAGCCGUCAGCCCUGUUCCAGGGCAAAGGUUAAUCUGCAUGGACCGAACAGUCCCAAUAAGAUAAACUUCCACAGCCUGAGCCACAAGACCUACUACAAGACAGUGUGUAUCGAGAAGAGCAGCAUCAACUCCUUGGCCCUGAAUGAAAACCCUCACUACAAACAUCAGAGGAUGCUGGUGGCUGGGACUGUGUCAGUCAACUCUACAGGGACACUGAUUCUGCUUAGAGAGACCUCUUUCAUGCCUGACAUCCCCGGACUGCCUGCACUUGUCACCAUGCUCUUCACCCCCAUUAUGGAGUUGCGCACUAAUGAAGAGAGGACCUGCUACACUGGAGCCCUCUGUGGCUUAGGCUGGAACAGUCAAACACAGGAGGGCAUCCUACCGGAGCAUGACAUCGAACUUGCCUUUGAUGUCAAGUUUGAUGUUGAAGACAUCACUGAGAUCAAUGCUUUGCGAGUGGCUGUGAACAGGCUAGUGUGUGGAAGGGCUUCUAGCACUCAUUAUCUGGGGCCUGAUAGGCUAGCCCACCUGCAGGAGGACUGCAGAGACCGACUCACCAGACUUUUCAUCAAGUCCCCAACAAGAGAAGCUGUCACACCGAUGUACUAUGAGAAGCUGGAGAAAUGGAACCAGGUGGACCCUGCUCUGAAGAUGGAUAAUGUUGAACCUGGAGAUGCAAAGACCAGAAGUGUUGUCUUCCAGCUGCAUCCCGUCACUCUCCUCAACACCUAAGCAAAGCUCUAUUCUUUUAUGUCAUUUUUGUUAAGUGUAACUGGUUUCAAUGUUUUUUUUACUAUGAGCAGUUUCCUGAAAUUUCAAUUUUAUUUUGUUCAGAAAGAAAAUGUUAUUUAAAUUUCAAAUGAGGUCGAAGUUUUCAGGCCUGCAGAAAAAAAUCCUCAAUCCUUACUUUGUCAUUUGCAACAAUCACAAAAGUUAUUUACUGUUUCAAUCAUUUGCUGCUGAGUUUCAGCGCUUGAGCAGUGGGCCAUUAAAAAUAGUUGUUUGCAACAGAUAA